CGCCCGAGCGCGAGCCCACUCAACUCACCAUCUCCUCUUCUCUUCCUCCGCGUCGUCGUCUCCCCCGUUAUAUUAGAACCGCAUCGAGACUCCACUGACCACCACGGCACCACCUCGAAUCCGUCGCCCUCCUCUUCCCUUCCUUCCUCCGGCGCGCGAAGCGAGCCCACCACACGAAUCGGCUCCUCGCGCCUGCUCUCGCCCGGCUCCGCGGCCCAGUUCGUCGCGCCCUCGCCGGCGAGCGAGCGUGCGCGCGCGCGCGCGCGUCCCAGCCCUCCUCCGCUUUGGAGCGGAGAUCCAUUCGGGCUUCGGCUGGCUUCUACUCUCUGUCGAUUCGCGACGCUGAAGUUUCCAUCUCGUGCUACGAGAAGCUCUCCUCGCGGGAAUGGAUAUGGCGUUGCCGGUUGUGAAUGCCACCGCGGCGGUGCUCGCUCGUGUCUCGGCUGCAUUCAAUGCGCCGCUGGCUCGUGCGGUCGUCUUCGGGGUCCAUAUUGACGGGCACUUGGUUGUGGAGGGGCUUCUCAUUGCGGUCAUAGUGUUUCAGCUUUCCAGGAAGAGCUACAAACCACCGAAGAAGCCACUCUCUGAAAAGGAGAUUGAUGAGCUAUGUGAUGAAUGGGAGCCAGAACCUCUAUGUCCUCCGAUCAAGGAGGGGGCCCGAAUCGACACUCCAAUGUUGGAAAGUGCUGCUGGACCACAUACAAUCGUUGAUGGUAAAGAAGUUGUCAACUUUGCGUCAGCAAACUACCUCGGCUUAAUUGGCAACGAGAAGAUUAUUGAUUCUUGCGUUGGCUCAUUGGAGAAAUAUGGUGUUGGGUCUUGUGGUCCACGCGGGUUUUAUGGAACAAUUGAUGUCCACCUUGACUGUGAGGCAAAAAUAGCUAAAUUCCUGGGAACUCCAGACUCCAUUCUGUAUUCAUAUGGGAUUUCUACAAUAUUUAGUGUGAUACCUGCCUUUUGUAAGAAAGGAGAUAUCAUAGUCGCUGACGAGGGUGUUCAUUGGGCAGUGCAAAACGGUCUCCAUCUAUCAAGAAGUACUGUGGUGUACUUCAAGCACAAUGAUAUGGCUUCACUUGCAAUGACUUUGGAAAAACUUACUCGUGGAAAUAAACGUGCCGAAAAGAUUAGACGCUACAUUGUUGUAGAAUCCAUCUACCAGAACUCUGGUCAAAUUGCCCCCUUGGAUGAAAUUGUCAGGUUGAAGGAGAAAUAUCGGUUCCGUGUUAUUCUGGAGGAGAGUCAUUCUUUUGGUGUGCUUGGCAAGUCUGGGCGCGGCCUUGCUGAGCAUUAUGAAGUUCCAAUUGAAAAAAUUGAUAUCAUCACUGCUGGAAUGGGAAAUGCAUUAGCUACUGACGGUGGCUUCUGCACAGGAAGUGUCAGAGUUGUUGAUCAUCAGCGUCUAAGUAGCGCUGGCUAUGUUUUCUCUGCCUCGCUGCCACCUUAUCUUGCCAGUGCUGCUGUUUCUGCUGUCAACUACCUGGAGGAGAAUCCAUCAGUUCUUGCAAACCUAAGGAGCAAUAUUGCUCUUCUGCAUCAAGAACUGUCAGAUGCUCCGGGGCUUGAAAUUUCUAGCCAUGUUUUGUCACCCAUUGUCUUCCUUAAGCUGAAGAAAUCGACAGGUUCUCCAACAGCUGACCUAGAUGUUCUUGAGACCAUUGCUGAGAGGGUCUUGAAGGAAGAUUCAGUCUUCAUUGUAACUUCAAAGAGGUCAAAUUUGGACAGGUGCAAACUUCCUAUUGGAAUCCGCUUGUUUGUAUCAGCAGGCCAUACUGAAUCAGACAUCUCCACACUAUCCUCAUCUUUGAAGAGAGUUUCAGCAUCAGUUCUUUCGGACUACAUUUGAUCCAUUCUGAAUUCCCCUCAAGACGAAAUCGAUCCUUUUCUACGUGCUGUGUACUUUAGGCCGUGUGUGUUUGGUAAAUGUACAUAACUUGUACAUUUAGAUCUGAUGAAUUCAUCUUGUUGUUGCUCAUACCUACUGUACUUGCAAAAUAAAGUUCCGUAGAACAGUAAUCUUGGAGAAUGGUGCGCUUGUGCUAUACAUCUGGCAGAUUUCCUAGUA